AUGUUUCUAGGUCUAUUGAUAUUAUUUUCUUGUUUCAUUUUAACUGAUGAAAAACAUUUCAAUGGAGGAACUAUCGAUUGGGCACCCGUUGAUCCUUAUGAUAAUUCCGCUUCAGUUAAAAUUACGAUUAAACAGUCGUAUUCAUGGACAUAUCCAUAUGUACAAUGUGCCAAUAAUGUACCAAUCUCGACUAGUACAUUUAGUAGUUCUAACACUAAUCUGAUUUGUACGGCUGACUGUUCGACUGAUGGUGGUUAUUCUACUACACCUAUUGAUAUUCUCACCGAUUGUACAUCAGCUAGUUCAUCAUUGAAACUGAUGACAAGUGAACGAUCGAAAAAUGUUACACUAUCUGCUGGUGCACAUUUUUAUUUAGCUUAUAAAGGAAGUGCUUGGGUAUCAUUAAAUGAUCCUCCUGAAAAAGGACUUGAAUGGUCUAUUGUAACAUAUAUUGAUCUUCGCAAACGAUCAGAUGGUUUCAUUAAUACUCCACCUGUUGCCAAAGUUAUUUCUCCACAAUAUGCCAUUGUUAAUAGAACAACACAAAUUCAAAUUCCUGUUUCGGAUGUGAAUGCUGGUGAUGAUGUCCGUUGUCGAUGGUCGACAUAUACAGCUGGAUAUCGAAGAAGAAAACGAUCGAAUGACAAAGCUCGUGAAAUCCGAAAAUAUAGUGCUUGGAAUUACCAAAGAAUAGGUGAACUUUCGGAAGACAUUCAUAUGAGAUGGAAAAGAUGGUGGUGGAGCGAUCCUUGUGAUACUUCGUGUGCGUACAAUUGUCCUUGCAGCGACGCUACGUGCAUAGGAACUAAUUGUGGCAGCACAAACUGUCCUAUAUCCAAUUGGUUUGGCGGUUGUACGGCCACAAAGGCUCCACCCACUACUACAAUUGAAACUCAACCAACACUAAAAACGACUUUGUCCUAUUCCAAUCGUCAGCCGAUCGAUGAAUGCGGUGAUAUUUGUAAUCCAAAUACUGUACCUUCUGGUACAAGCCUGUCCAACUGUACGAUAUCAUUUACGGGCCUUAAAGCUGGUAUCUGGUAUGCAGUUUCUGUUCAAGUCGAAGAUUUUAUUAACAAAACCAGUACGACACCAAUGAGUUCCGUACCAGUUCAACUUCUGAUCUAUGUUAUGUCAGAACCAUCAUGUUCAACGAAACCUAUUAUUCUUCCAUUAGAUCGUUGUUUAGAAGUACGAGUUGGUGUUUCACUAAGUUUUAAUCUAUAUGCUAUGAAUUUAUGCAAUCCUAAUGUGGCUCUACUUGCUGAUAUGGUGGUUUCAAGUAGUAUUACUGGUAUGACUAAUGGUAAUUUAAUAAAUUCAGCUACAAACACAUCACUGUCUUAUGUCAGCUUCGCAUGGACACCUCAAGCAAAUCAAGUUGGACAACAACAACUAUGUACAAUUGCUUAUACCGAUGAACAAGUUCAAUCAGAUCAGUAUUGUGUCACAUUCAAUGUAACAUCAUCAGCAGAUAUUUGCAUAACAACGACAACAACAACAACUACAACGACAACAGCAACUACAACAACAAAAACCACAUCAACUAGCACAACAUCAACAACUACAACAACGUCAACAACAACUACAACGACAACAACCACGUCUACUAGUACAACAUCAAGAACAACUACAACAACUUCGGUGACAACAACAACUACUACAACGUCAACCUCAUCGACAUCGACUACAUCAACUUCAUCCACAUCAACAUCAUCAACUUCAUCCACAUCAACAUCAUCAACCUCAUCGACAUCAACUACAUCAACCUCAUCGACAUCAACUACAUCAACUUCUACAACGUCAACAUCAUCAACAUCAACUACAUCAACUUCAUCUUCUACAACUUCUACAACAAGUACUUCAACUUCAACUACAACUUCUACAACGUCAACUUCAUCAACAUCAUCCACAUCAACUUCAUCCACGUCAACAUCAUCAACAACAUCUACAUCAACUACAUCAUCCACAACUUCUACGACAAGUACUUCAACUUCAACUACAACAACCUCUGUGACAACAACAACUUCGACAACCACAACAACAACAACUUCAACAACAACAACAACAACAACAGUAACGACCACAACAACGGGUCCUUCUGCUCGACGCCGUCGGUGCAAAGGAAGAGAAGCAAAUAUUACAGUGGAGACUUUUGUAUCACGAGAUAUAUCUGAUAUGACAUGGCAAACACAAUCUUCUACUCGAAACUUAACUACAAAAACCUUAAGAAAAACUUAUCCUGCUUAUGAUGUAUCGCAUACAACAAACAGUAUGAAUAAUGAUUUUGUCUCUGACUCACAUAUAAAAUUAUCUAGUGUGACACCUCCUGAAACGAUAAAUAUUACCACAGAUGUAGAAGAAAGUAGACCAAGAUCAUUAGUCUCUGUUAAGAGAAUUAAGCGUAAUCAAGUUGAAACAACGAAUGACAUUGACAAUACGAAUGAAAUUGAAGAUAUAGAGAUAAAAUUAUCAGAUGAUCGUGGUGAUGACAAGAGAACAACUCCGACCGUGCCCAAUUCAGCAUUUAUGCAUGUUAACGUCAAUAAAAGAUCAAAAGUCGAUCAAAUAGAUGAAAAUGAAAAAAAGAAUUCGAAAGUUACUGAUAAAAAAUCAUCAAGUGUUUCAGCUGUGUUACGAUCAAAAAUUAGUCGAAUCAACGUCAAAAGAAUAUCCCGAUCAAAAACAGCUACAAGUCAACAAUUGCUUUUAUCAAAUAUUAAUGAUGAAAAUAUUGUCCAUUUGAAAAAGUCAGCUAUGGAAAUGCAAUCAAUAAAACCUCACCUCAAGACAAGUUCAGCUGCCAUAAAUGAAAUAAAAAAUAAAAAUAAAAGAGUGAUUGUGACGAAACUUUCAAAAAAGAUUACUACUGAUAAAUCUCAUCAUUAA